AAAUGACCACCCCAGUUCAAAAACUUAUGUCCCUAAAAGUGGGACAGCUACUACUAGUGGAAACAAAUGGCGGGGAGCUACUUGUUGGUACCUUAAAAAGCAUCAAUAUCAAAUAUCUAAUGGUAGAACUGGAUAAUGUGCGAGAUAUUAAAUCAAAUUAUACAUAUCAAUCAUCACAAAUAUUGGCCUAUACACAAAUGAAAAAUAUUAAACUAAUGUUAAGCGAAAAUGAAGGUAAAAGCACCACAGAAACCGAUACUGACAGUUUAGCGGACCAAUUGAAAAGCUGUAAUUCAUCUGAAAAUAGUAAAGAACAAAGUAGUGACUGCUUAAAUAUAAUGUUAACGGCUUUUGAUUUACAAUUACUGCAAACACAAUUGGAUAGCAUGAUAUUUAUUACGCAGACCGAUCAGAAAUACCACAAGGCCUUAAAUGAUAUGAAAUCACAAUCGGUAAUUGGUCUCUUAAUCGAUCCCAUAGAAAUGGGCAGAAAUUCUAAGACCUCAGUGAUGGCUGUCUCAACGUCCCAGAAUAUUUACAUAUUUGAUAUGUUGGCUAUUGGAAAAAUAUUCAAAGAAAUUCGUUUGAUUUUGGAAGCGGAAAGACCUCGCAAAGCCGUACACUUUAGCCAUAAAAUAGCAGAUCAUCUAAAAUAUCGCCAUAAUGUUGUGCUUAAAGGAAUAUUUGAUACAUUUUUGGCGUAUUGCGUGGUGACAGGCGAAAAAAUGAAUUUAACGUUGGAAGAAGCCGUUCUGAAGACCUUUAAUAUAUCCAAUAUAUAUUUUAAAGGACAUUUAGAUAACGAGAUUCCUGCCAAAGUCUAUCAGCGACCCAUGGCCCACGAUCAACGUAUGAUUAUUGCCAAAAAAGUCGCAUUUCAACUGAAACUAUACGAUCAUUUAUUACACGAAUAUAUGUUAAGAAAUUUUUAUCAGCAAUGUGAAAGAUUCUCUCAAACAUUUUGCAAUAACGAUGAUAAUUUCCAGGUAGGUCAACAAUUACAUCCAAGCAGUCGGGCUGGUUAUGAACACAUACUGCCAAAUGGUGAUUGGAAAGAUAAAUUAAAUUUUGAUUUGGAAUUUUCAAAUGAUAAGAAUUAAUUAAUAUUAAGUACA